AUGAAGGUCAUUGAGCAUUACGGCCUCCCAAUAACCUUAAAAGAGUAUGAAGAAAGGAAUAUCUCUUUGCAAUCUCUUAAAUGGGGCACCUGCGAAUUUCUGCCUGGUGCAUUUGACUUGUUGAAAUACUUAAAGUCAAAGGGUAUUCCUAUUGCUCUAUGUACCUCUUCGAAUAAAUCGAAAUUCCUCGGUAAAACAAGUCAUCUAAGCCAUGGUUUCGAUCUUUUCGAUGCCAUUGUAACUGGCGAUGAUCCAAGAAUUCCAAAAGGCAGGGGAAAGCCGUUCCCAGACGUUUGGCAAUUGGGUUUGAAGGAACUAAAUGAAAAGUAUCAUACUGACAUUAAACCCGAUGAAUGUAUGGUCUUCGAAGAUGGCAUCCCUGGUGUUCAAUCAGGCAAGGCGUUUGGUGCACAUGUUAUUUGGGUCCCUCAUCCGGAGGCACAUGCUGUUUUGGGCGAUACAAAAACUUUGUUGGCUGGUAAAGGUGAGCUGUUGUCCUCUUUAGAAGAAUUAGAAAAAGCUAAAUAUGGCCUGUGA